ACCCCUGGCUGCACCGUGACCCGCUCCCGGUGUUUCGCUCUCCCCUGUGCCUCAUCCGUGGAGCGGCUUCCUGUGAGGGGAGAGUGCGCAAUGGUUUGGAGCCUUUCAGUCCAGGGUCGUCAUGAUCGUGAUUGAUUUCACCACUUUAAUCACAGCUAAUUACAGGAUGUGCUGUUCAUUGCUGUGCUGUGUCAGGAGAUGGAUUGGGACCAGUUUGACUUGAACCCUAAAACAAUUGCUGCCCUGAAAAAAGCUGACAUAAAAUCAGUAAGAGAAGUUUUAAACCUCUCUGGAGCAGACUUGCAGAGACUGAUGAAGCUCUCCAGUGCAGACAUCCAGUGCCUGCUCAGAACAGUGUCCCACAUGCUGAGGAGGAACAGCAUGCUCACAGCACUUCAACUCUACCAAGAUAAAGAUCAUUUCACCUCCCAGCACCAGAAGCUGAGCCUGGGAUGCUCAGUGCUAGACAACCUGCUGAAAGGUGGCAUUCCUUUAGUGGGAAUCACGGAGCUGGCUGGGGAGAGUUCUGCUGGGAAGACUCAGAUUAGUUUACAGCUGUGCCUGUGCGUGCAGUAUCCUUACAAGUACGGUGGAUUAGAGUCUGGAGCUGUCUACAUUUGCACAGAAGAUGUGUUCCCAAGCAAACGUUUGCAGCAGCUCAUAGAGCAACAGCACAAGCUGCGUGCAGAUGUUCCAGCUGAAAUCAUACACAAGAUCAGAUUUGGAAACAGCAUUUUUGUUGAGCGGGCAGCAGACCUGGACAGCUUCCAGCAGUGCCUGUCGCGGCGGCUGUCGCUGCUGCUGGCGCGGGGCAUGGCGCGCCUCGUGGUCAUCGACUCCCUCGCCGCCCUGUUCCGCUGCGACUUCGGCCCCGCACAGGCCGCGCUCAGGGCGCGCUACCUGCAGAGCUUCGGGGCACAGCUGCACAGCCUCAGCACCAGGUUCAGCACUCCCAUCAUGUGCAUUAACCAGGUGUCGGAUGCAGUGAGCGAGUCAGAGGCUGCUCAGUGCAGCUGCAGGGUAGAGGGCAGCAGAGUCACUCCAGCACUCGGAAUAACCUGGUCCAACCAGCUGCUGAUGAGACUGAUGGUCAGCCGGGCCUCCCUGCCCGGACACUCACCCGGGGCAGCAUCACACUGCGCUGGAAGCGUCAGGACUUUAAGGGUCGUUUUUGCUCCUCAUCUCCCUCCAUCCUUUUGCUACUAUACAGUACAGCUGGAAGGUGUAAAAGGAAUAAAAUAACUCUUUUACACAGUGAAGUGUCUUGCCCCACAAAUGUACCAGAACUUGGCUUCAGGAAGAAUUACUGGUGAAAUGGAAUUCUUCCUAGACGAGAGAAAUCGAUGGUGAACAAUGAACAAUGGUAUGGGUACCUUUAGCCUUGUCUGCAUUGUGAAAGAUGAGCUUUGUACAUUGGAUAUUCAGCUUGUGAGAUGAGUAUCCUGAAGGUUUUGAAGGAGAGGGAAAUUGUGGGCUGGUGGAGGCUGCACAGUGGAGUGAGAUGUAGCAAUCCCCAUGAUGGGGGAGACCUGAUGUCUAAUUUUAUUUUAAUAGCAAGCUUAUCUAGAAACAACAUUUACUGUAGUUUUGUAUCCUCUGUUUCCAGACCCAACAGGUCUUGAAAUUCAACCAGUUUAUGUUGCCUGCUGGUGGUUCUGAGUCUGAUGCUGCCAAUUAAGGAUAGCCAUUCUUUUUCACAAAGCAGCUGCUCUAUUUUAAAACCAUUUGUUAUUAAGAUUUUAAAGAAAAUAAUCCCAUAAAGGCACUUGAUUUUAACAUCUUACUGUAAGAAUUAAAAUUGCACUGCCUUUGUACUGGAUGAGAAUAUCUGACUUCAUAGCACUGUUAAAAUUUUUUCUAAUGGUUCAUUUCCACUCUCUUCCUGCUUUCCAGUCCCUUCCCUUCAUAGCAAAAGCCCCUUCAGCCUCUUUCAUUUGAAGGACAGCAAACCACAUCCCCCAUCCCUUUGUUCUCUUUGCCUAUUGCUGAAGCUGUGUAGCCUCAGGCCAAGGUCUCUGCUUGUUCCUGGUGCUCUGCCCUGCUCUGUGCUUUGCUGGAUCAGCAUUCUUCGUGGGCUUUGCAUUGCCUCUCAUGUCCUGUGUCCCUGCUGCUGCGCUCUCAGCUCAGAUGCCAAAGGGCACCUUCAGCUCUUUUCAUCCAUCCAGAGGUUAUUGCUCUUCUCAGGUGAUUUUUGUUGUUCCAUUAGAGCUUCACAUGGGUUUUCUUCCUGUCUUUGUGCUGUCACAUUUUCCUGCUGUCCUCUGGCCAUUCCAUGACAUCCUCUUUUCCUGUGGCUGAGUUUUUCCAUUGCUCUGUUCCAUGUGCAAGCCAGCCAGGUGAAGUUACACUGUGCAAAGGCCUCUGUUCAGUGGGUGCCUGCUCCCAUCAGUGGGUGACGUUCACUUGUAUCACACAAUCACCAAGCUCUCACCUUUCCCCUCCUGCUGUGGCCCAGACAGGAGCUCCAGGUGUUUCUGUGAGUGCCAUUGCUCAGGUCUGUCUUUGGGCCAGGGAACCCUGUGUUUGUGGGACAGCUGCCUGGCUCUGCCUGUCUGCAGUCCCGCUCCUUCAGGACACUCAUCCAUCUUUUCCUGUGGAAGCAGGCAGCUGUGUAGCUGAAAGGGAAACUUCAGUCUGCCUGUGAGCUGCCUCAGCUGAACUAUGGCAGAAGAUUUCUCAAGGGACAACCGAGUAUGACUCCAGGAAAAGAGACCAUGUGUGACUGCCUCAGGAAGUUCAGAGGAGAACAGGCACAGCUUGAAGCUGAAGCAAGCAGAAAGGAUGAGCUGCUUUGAGUGCCUUCUGCAACCCCUUCAGAUGUCUCAGGGGCCCUUGUGCAAAUACCACAAGUUGUGCCUAAGUAAUUUUUGUAAAAUGUCUUAAUUCUCUGUAUUUGGAAAUGACUGCACAGCAUUUUUUUAAUAAAAUCCAACCAUGAAGCUUAGAAACCUUUGUGUUCUCUAAGAAAAGGUGACAAUGCCACAGGCAGGGCCACCUCCUUCUUCAAACCCUUAUCUUCUGUGUCUCCUCCCUCACCACUUCAAUAAGGAUCAACUACUGCAGCACAGGUACCACUUCAGCUCCCUUCUGUUCCUGCCCUGUGUACCUGGGCUGGAACUGCAGCCAAGAUAAUGCUCAUCCUGUUAUGCUGACUGGGAAAAGCAGCCACAGAGAGAUGCAGCUGAUUAAUGGGAGUCAUCAAACCCUACCUGGAUAUUCAUUUGCAGAAGACCCUCAUCAAAUCCUGGGCUCCAAUAACAGGAGUUUGCCUUGCUGUGAGCCAUGUCCAGAACAGUGAGAAACCUCGGAAGGUUCAGUCUGUAAUAUUUUGAUCACUCUUUUUUGCAACGUGACUGCUUGCAGGAAUGGCCCCAAAGUGUUGAAGUCACAGAUGGCUCUGUGAUCAAAGUUCCAGUUUACCUGAUAAAAACCACUUUUACCUACAAAGAGAAGUAAUAUUUUACCUGCUUAAGUGUUCUGUCAUUACCCUGUUGGUUUGUGGUUAUUUCUCUCCAGCUGAGUCAGAGUGCGUUACAGUUUGUCUCCUGACUCAUGAGCACACACACACAGACCCUGGAAUCUCAACUCCAGCUGAGCCCCUCUGAGGCUCACAGCCAACACUCACUCAGCCACUCCAGUUCUGCCCUGCC